AUGCGGGAGGCGCCAGAUCUCCGGAUUAACACUCUCUCGGAUGCAGUCACUAUGGGAUAUGCAACUGCGGUUCUCGCUCUUCUCUUCCCGGCCUUGAUCCUCCUCCAUCUCUUCGUCGCUCCAUACACUAAAGUCGAGGAGUCGUUCCACGUCCAGGCUGUACAUGAUAUCCUAGCCAACGGACUACCAAAUGGCUUUAAUGACCCAACUCUCAACCGCGCCGACUAUGACCAUUUCUCUUUCCCCGGGGCUGUUCCUCGGAGCGCCAUUGGCGCUGCGGCGCUCGCUAUGCUCUCGAAGCCUGUCAUCUUGUUGAAUGAGGGGAUCAACCGCCAGGUAUUAGCUCGCGCUAUCCUGGGCCUAGUUAAUGCCUCCUCUCUAGCAAUCUAUGCAAGAGGCCUGCGCCGCACGUUUGGCCAGCCAACAGCGAUCUGGUAUAUCCUAUUCCAAGCAAGCCAGUUCCACAUGAUAUUCUAUGCCUCAAGGCCCCUAUCAAACAUGUUCGCCUUCAGCAUCACAACGCUAGCAAUGUGUCUGCUCCUCCCAAACCUUCGUCGUUCAACACCCCAAGACCAAAAGCAAUGCGGCCUUGCACUCGCCCUCCUCACCACCGCAGGCGUAGUCUUCCGCUCCGAACUAGCCCUCCUAGUCGGAACACAGACUCUCUCCCUCCUAGUAACAAGACGGAUCAAUCUCAGAAACACCGUCAUCGCAGGCCUAACAGGCCUCACAACCGGCCUAGCCCUGACAGUCUAUCUUGACAGCACCUUCUGGCAGAGCUUCCCCCUCUGGCCUGAGUUCGAAGCCUUCCGCUUCAACGUGCUGGAAGGCCAAUCCUCAGAAUGGGGAACAGAGCCGUGGUCAUUCUAUUUCCUGAACUCCCUCCCCCGCCUCCUCUUCAAUCCCCUCUCCUACCUGAUCGCCAUCCCCGUCGCCCUCCGACAAACAGCGACCCGAUACUCAGCCCUGGCACUUCUAGUCCCAGCGCUUUCCUUCGUCGCACUAUACAGCUUCCAGCCUCACAAGGAAUGGCGUUUCAUCGUCUACAUCAUUCCCUCACUCACGGCUGUAGCUGCGCUCGGCGCUGCGUAUCUCUGGACGCACCGCUCGCGCUCGCUUUUCGCACGUCUGGCAACACGCGCACUAGCUAUCUCGACACUCGCUAUGUUCUGUUUGUCGAAUUUUGUUCUCCUCCCGGCCUCAGCAGCGAAUUACCCCGGUGGUCAGGCUAUUGAUGCCAUGCAUUACCAACACAAUCUUCUCCACGGUACGGGUUUGCAUUCUGAAAAUAACAACCCACCUAUCAAUGUUUACCUAGGUAAUCUCGCCUGCCAAACGGGCGUAACACGCUUCUUGCAACAGCCCCCUUCGUCGGGGUGGGUAUACGACAAAACCGAAGACAAGACUGUUAAGUCUACUACUGGGUUUUGGGACCGAUUUGAUUAUGUCGUUGUCGAGGCAGAUGCAGAGUCCGGGUUCAUGGAUGCCGAUGAGACGAGUCUCCGGCGCGCACUUCCUUCUUCCGAUUGGGAGAGGGUGCAUGUAGUUGAUUCGUUUGCUGGCAUUUCAGUUUUGAAGCCUGGGGUUCCUGCUACGGGGACUGCUGAGCGACGCCUUAUUGGUGCUGUUGCUGGUGCGCGUGCUGUUGAUUUGUUUGAGGGUCUGUGCGAGUAUGUGAGGAACUCUUUGUUGCGCGGGUGGUGGGUUGAGAUCAAGAUGAGACCGAGGGUUCAGGUGUUGAGACGGGAAGUAGGGUGA